AUGGCUGAGGAAGAGGAAGUUGAAGUUACCAACGAAAUACCUGAAACCCAUUCAGGACCAAUAUACAAAAAUCUACCUCGUGAACGGAAAAGUUAUGAUUUUAAACGAGUACAGGUAAUGCCUGGUAUAUCCAGGCAUUUUUCCACUGGAUAUGACCAACCCAUAAAUUAUUGCCAGGCAGUUCCAAAAUUACCAGAAGAAAGUAGUUCGGAGUACAUACCGAUGACGUACACAUUUAGAAUACCUCAAUUUAUAGUCACCAAAAAAGUAAAAAACCUAGUAGCAAAAUCGCCCCCUUUCAACAUACUUUUGGAUCAUACUAUAGGAGUUAUAUGGUGUUUAUUAUCACCACAGAGCUAUAACACCCCUUGUGGAAUAUCACAGAUACAAUGGGCGUAUAACUUCCUAAAAACCAUAAAGAAAAACGAUGGAUUUCCUUCCAAAGAUAUACAAGAGCUACUUAAAAUAAUGCAGAGGGCUUUAAUAGAGUUAUAUCAAAAAGUUUACGAAGAAGAUUAUGAUAACAUAAGUAAAAUAAACAAAAAUAUAAAACAGUACGAUGUAUUUAGAGAAACAUUUGAUAUUUUGGAAUUGCCUUUUUCAUUGACUUACAAGGAAAUAAAUCAAAAAGGUUCUGAAAUAAUUGAGGACAUUAGAGCCAAUCGUCGUCCCGUUUUAUCAUUUGAAGAAUUGAAUAAAUCAAUUUUUGAAGUAGUGGAUGAGUUACAAAAUAAUGAUGAUUGUAAAAUAAAACGUGCUUUAGCGACACAGUUUGUUUAUUAUAAAGAAGAAAUGGCAAAUAUAUGCAAGGAUCACUUGGAGAAUUUAAGAGACCUGGAAAUGUGUUUAUUGGAAAUGUUUCCAUGUUUAUUCGCUAAGAAAAACGUAAUUUGUUGA